AUGGAACCAAAAGAUGGCCUAACCCAAGAUGAAUCGGCAUCGAUUUAUUUAUACGCAAUGGAAUGGAAUGAAACUGAAAAUAGUCUCUAUGCAAUUCUCAAUCGAACACUUUGCUUGGCUGAUCGAACCCAACUUCGACCAUGGUUUCGAUACUUAAAAUUAUUUCUUACCGCUUUGUUUAAACUACCAUCAAUACCAUGUCGAGUUUUUUGGCGAGGAGUUCCCGAAGAUCUCAGUACUCUCUAUUCUCUACGCAAGGAACAAAUCUGGUGGUCAUUUAGUUCUUGGACAUCUUCAAUUAGUGUUCUCGAAUCUCCAUUCUAUCUUGGCAAAUCGAAAGCCCGAACAAUGAUGUCCAUUGAGACGAAAAAUGGAAAACUCAUUCGUACACAUUCUUUUUUUCAAAAUCAUGAUGAAAUUCUUCUUCCGCCUGGUAUCUGUCUUCGAGUGAUUGAUCAAGCCAAUCCGACUGAUAGUCUACAUUUUAUUCAUUUUCAAGAAAUCUCACCACCUUUUCCUAUGCUUGCUGAACCAUUCGAUCUUAAUCAACUCAAAAAGACACCACCAAAACUCUUGUCGUCGCAGGGGAAUUUUCCCAAAGUGGAUGCUUCAUCGAAUAUGUCUCUUUCAUCAUCCUUCAAGAAAGAUAUAAAUAUGUCUCUUAUAAAAUCAGUCAAAGGCAAAGACCAACUUCUACUUGAUGGUUAUCGAUACCGUCGGGAUAGAUUAGUUUGGCGCUGUGUUACAAACAACUGCAAAGGACGUGCCCGUUAUGAUGAUGGAAUUUAUACAACUUAUCAAGAUCACAUAUGUCGAGCACCAGAUCCAGAUGAAAUCGAAAAAGCAUUAUAUAAUUAUGAAAUUAAAAAGAAUGCGCAACAAUGUCAUGAUCCACCACGAUUAAUCAUUCAAAAUGCUCGUCUUAAAAUAUCAUUAGAUGCUGCAAUUAACAUUCCACAAUACACAGCAUCGCAACGUUCAAUUCAACGUGUUAGACGAGAUAAAGAUGUUCAAACAGAACCUAAAACAUUUGCGGAUAUUAUUAUACCAUCAAAUUAUCAAGUUAAUGCAUUAAAUGAACAAUUUCUUUUAUAUGAUAAUAAUGACAAUCAACGACGAAUAUUAAUCUUUGCUACAAAACAACAUUUAGAUUUUCUUAAUGAAUGCGAAAGUUGGCAUUGCGACGGCACUUUUGCCGUAGCACCUAAGCUAUUUGAACAAAUGUAUUCUAUUCAUGGUUCAAUUCGUGGUAAAAAAUUACCAUUAUUAUAUUCACUUCUACCAAAUAAAGAUAAAAAAACUUAUGAAGAAUUAUUUCGAAUAGUGGCUCAACAUGUUCGACGAAAACCUGAUUAUAUUACCAUCGACUUUGAAAAAGCAGCAGAAAAUGCAUUUAAUGUUAUAUAUCCAGAAUGUGAAAUUCUUGGCUGUUUUUUUCAUUUUAAAAAAUGUAUUUGGAAACAUAUUUGUGAAUUACAUUUAAAAAAAGAAUUUCUGGAAAACCAAAAUAAUCGUCGAACCAUGAAAAAUUUAGCAGCAUUAGCUUUUGUUCCACCUAAUAAUAUUGUUGAAGAGUUUUCACGCAUAAAAGAAAAUGCAUCUGAUGUUUUAGAUGGUAAUAAACUUUAUAUAUUAAAUUUUUAUUACGUAUUGUCAAGUUUUAGAUUUGAUUUUGUAUUUCGAAGAUAA